AUGGCUGCAGCGAAGGAAGUGGCACUUAGCCCUCCUCCGGCUGAAACCCUCGGACCACCUAGCGAAUCCGGUCACAGUCAGGGCCAGGACCUGGGCCGCAGGUCAGUGUUGUUAGAGAAGACAAACCACCUGGCUUCCCAGGACCUGACCUCCACAGAGCUGGCCCCGCAGGGAGCUGAGGGCAAGACCAGAGUGGGCCAGCAGGUGUCCCCAAAGGCACGUGGGGAACAGAGGCAGAGCGCCUUCCUGGAGCUGCCACCGCUGCACCCGAGUCGGGUGCAACAGAGGCGGCAGGAGGAUGCCCUGCACCUGACCUGGACCAUGUCCAGGGCCCCAGGAGGCGGCACUGUCCGCUCUGCCUGGCUUGCCCAAGGAGGCGAGCAGAGAAGCGCCUUCCGCAAACCAAGCAAGCACCCCACAGACAGCGCUAGGCCCUUGAUCGCCUUGCCUGCGGCUGACCAACUGCUGGGCCCUACACACGUCCCGUGCUGGCCACGGGUGACCGCUCCUUCUCAGCCUGGCAGGGAGGGCGACCUGUGGACCUUGCAGACCUGGCCCCCUAGGGCUGCGCUCUGCAGCGCACUGCGGGGCACUCCUGCACUGUGGCUGGAGCUAAACGAGGCCCUGGGGCCCUCAGCCGCAUCAGGGGCUCUCCUGCCACCCACGCUCACUUCCCUAGGCUUGAGUACCCAGAACCGCUGUGCCAAGUGCAGCGUGUGUUUCCGCCUCACAGCCGACCUGGUAGUGCACAUGCGGUCCCAGCACAAGAGGGCACCCGCAGCAGGGCUUGACCAGCCAGCCAAGAGGCGCAGGGAAGAGGCCCUCACCUGCCCCUUCUGCCAUGAAUAUUUCCGGGAGCGUCACCACCUCUCCAGGCACAUGAUGUCACACAGCUAG